AUGUCUCCGGUACUAUUUAUGAUCUAUGCCGGAGUAAUUCUGGACCCAACAAGCAGCCCGAAAGAGAUGGACACCACAUAUAUCGAUGAUGAUGCGCUGGUGCAAAUAUCCAAAACACCAGGCUUCAUAAUCAAAAGAAUGGAGGAACGUAUGAGAGAAAGACUAAUAAAAGCCGAGCCACUCCAAAUUAAAUACGAUCCGGAUAAAUCUGACCUGAUCUUCUUCUGCCCCACCACAUCAUCCAUAGAACAACCACGACUUCCAGUCAAAAUCAACAACACCACUACAUACCCCAAGGAGAGGCUGAAAUAUAUAGGAGUCUGGAUAGAUCCGACCCUCUCCUUCUGGCCCCAUAUCGAAGCAGCGAUCGCAAAAGGCCUGAAAGCCCUACACCAAAUCCGAAACACUGCCCGCCUCCCGGGCAUAACUGUUAAGACAGUCCAGCACCUAGUAACGCAAGGCUUCCUUCCAAGUCUGCUUUACGGAUCUGAGGCUUGGUGGACUGGCGCAGACCACAUUAUAAGAUCCCUUGAACCACUAUACAACGAAGCCGCCCGGGUCAUUACAGGCCUACCACGAUGGACCAAGAAAACUAAACUCCUCCGAGAAGCAGGCCUACCCCCCCUAGAACACCUCCUGACAUAUCGCUCAAGAAAGUAUGGAACCAGAAUACUCUGCACCGAGGCAACCCACCCCAACAAUGAAUCCCUGAUCGAGCUCCUCCCACACGGAGAAACGAAUAUCAAAGGGACAGGACUGCACCGAAUUGCCUCCCUGUUUGUAACGGGGGUCCUUUCUAAGAGAAAUAGAUUUGCAUAG